ACGGCAGUGAGAAAUGUUCUAUAUAAUUUGUACUCUUCCCUUCAUUGAACACACUCAUUUCUGAUAUUCAUCACCAUACCUUUCAGUUGCUGCAUCCUUCAAUCAUCUUUCUGUAUCUGAACCGAAAAAAUGGGGAGCCUUGCUGGUACUCAGGUCGGUACUACGAGUGCGAGCAAAUCCAAUGGAAGGAGAAACAAAGAUGUUGUUCAAGGUUCUACAACUGAAAAAGGUUCAAGAUUUUGGAGGAAACUCAGGAUUUUGCUAUGUUGCUUGCGUUUGAAUUCCGAGAAGGAAAGCUCCUCUAAUGAAAAAACCAAACAACGCUAUGGAAAAAAUGUUACAACUGAUGUUGUUAGACACCAACCAGUUAAUUCAAGAUCCUCAUCCACCAAAAAAUUUAGAAGCCGUGCAAGAUCUUGCACUCCCAACAUGAGCCCGGAACUUAUAGUAGCUUCUUCCCUUCUUCGAAGGUUCAGCUUUAAUGAUCUUAAAUUGGCAACAAGAAAUUUCAAAGCUGAGAAUUUUCUUGGUGAGGGAGGGUUUGGAACUGUGUUGAAAGGUUGGAUCAGCCAGCAUGGGAACUAUGCAGCAAGGCCUGGAGUAGGGAUUCCAGUUGCAGUGAAGAGUCUCAACCUGAAGGGAUUUCAGGGUCAUAAGGAAUGGCUUGCUGAAAUUAGUUAUCUGGGUGAACUCCAUCAUCCAAAUCUGGUUAAAUUGGUUGGCUUUUGCAUCGAAGAUGACAAUAGGUUACUGGUAUAUGAGUACAUGUGUCGAGGAAGCUUAGACAAGCAUCUGUUCAGGUCCUUCAGGAGGUCUACGCGCCAGCUUUCAUGGUCUCUGAGACUGAAAAUUAUGAUUGGUGCUGCGAAGGGCCUUGCUUUUUUGCAUGAGGAAGCUUCAAAGCCAGUGAUAUUUCGAGACUUCAAAACAUCUAAUAUCUUAUUGGAUAUGAACUUCAAUGCAAAACUUUCUGAUUUUGGGCUUGCUAGAGAUGGUCCAGUGGGAGAUGCAACUCAUGUGUCAACUCAAAUAAUAGGAACACAAGGCUAUGCUGCCCCUGAAUAUGUGAUGACAGGACACCUCACUUCCAAGAGUGAUGUCUACAGCUUUGGGGUGGUCUUGCUUGAAAUACUGACAGGUAGAAAAGCCAUGGACAAAACAUUGCCCAAGAGAGAGCAAAACUUGGUGGAAUGGCUGCGCCCCCUUCUCAAGAACAAAGACAACUUAAGCUAUCUGAUGGACCCUAGGCUUGAAGGCCAAUACUCAAUGAGAGGUGCAAAUAAAGCAGUGAGGUUGGCCACUCACUGUGUUCGCACUGAUCCAAAAGCAAGACCCCUUAUGAGUGAUGUAGUUCGUGUGUUAAAGUCUUUGCCUCUUCAAGAUGAUAACAUGGCAGAUCCGUCUGCCUCAUCAAUAGCUUCAACCUCAUCCACAGCAACUUCAACUCCAUCAGUUACAAUCCCACCGAGCUCACUUAACAAAAUGCAUGUUGGACCCUCCAGCCAUGGUGGUGCAAACAAGUACGGUCUCAGAACUGAUCCAGCACCAAAUGUUCCAAGGCGCUUUCAAGCCUCACCAUUGAGCCAAGAAUAUGGUAUACCUCCUGCAAAUGUUGCAUCUUCAUCCAACCCUUGUGUUGGACAACCAUGAGAUGACAUGAGAUGCAUGUGUGUUUGUUUAGUUAAGUUCAGACUAUUGA